CGGGACCUCGGAUCGAUCCCAGUAAACUAGGUAUCUUCCCCACAUGUCACCUGCCAGCCUGAGUUAUGUGGAUGUAGCUCCCAUUCCAUAGCUUUCCCCAGACAUUUGCUUCUUCCCAUCUCCCCGUUGGCCCGCAACCACACAACCACGAUGACGUCUCCUCCACCCCUCACCAACCUCCGUGUGCUCGAAUUCGCCGGGUUGGCGCCUGGUCCCUUCGCCGGCAAGCUCCUUGCCGAUUACGGCGCCUCAGUCCUACGAAUCGACCGGCCCAGCAGCAGCGCCAGCAGCGACCUCCUGGCGAGCCGCAAGCGCAGUCUCCGCGUGGACCUCAAGUCCGCCCCGGGCAUCUCUUUGAUCCUCCUACUCGCGCAGCGCAGCGACAUCCUAAUCGACCCGUUCCGGCCGGGAGUUCUCGAAAAGCUCGGUCUCGGUCCCUCCGUGUUACUCGCAGCGAAUCCGCGGCUGAUCUACGCGCGUAUGGCCGGGUUCCGGCGGUCAGGACGGUACGCGGCCAUGGCGGGGCACGAUAUCAACUACAUCGCUGUAUCGGGGGCGCUAGCGAUGCUGGGGCGCAAGGACGGCACGCCGUAUGCGCCCGCCAACAUCCUCGGCGACUUUGCGGGCGGCGGGAUGGUCUGUUUUGUGGGCGUGCUGCUGGCGCUGCUGCAUAGAGCCGCGACGGGGAUGGGGCAGGUCGUCGAGGCGAAUAUGGUCGAUGGGAGUGCGUACCUGGCGAGCUUUCCGAGGUUUGCCAUGUUAAAUCCCGCGGCGGGAAGGGGUGGCUGGACGAAGGGUAGGGGCGAGAAUUUGCUGGACGGCGGCGUGCCGUGGUAUGAUACCUACAGGACAAGGGAUGGCGGGUUUAUGGCUGCCGGCCCACUAGAACCGCAUUUCUACGCAACCUUUCUAUCACUGCUCCUACCCGCGCACACCUCCAAGUCGAUCCCAGACCGCGACGACCGCGCCAACUGGCCAGUGCUCAAGGCGCUCUUCACGGAGACAUUCCUGCAAAAGGACCGUGCGGAGUGGGAGAGGAUCUUUGACGGGAGCGAUGCCUGCGUCACCCCCGUAAAGACCUACCAGGAGCUGCGGGAGGAGGGGUUCGAACAUGCGCCUGUCGUGACGCUGAAGGAGAGCCCCGCGUUGCCGGCGGGUGAGGAAGCGUGGACGGGAGCGGCGCUCGCCCCGGGGCAGGGUGGGAGGGAGGCGCUCCAAGAGUGGUUCAUGCUCGAGGAGGGGAGGCAUUGGAUGGAUGUGGAGGAGGGGGCUACGCUGGUGGUGGGGAAGGCGAAGUUGUAGCUAAGCUGCCCCGGGAGAUCAAUUGGCUGUGGCGAGAUCUCCAAGAGGCCGAGGGUCCAAUAUCUACUAUAUAUAUUGCGUUUGAUACCAGCACAAAUCGUACGAAGCGGGUUUAAGCUUACUGAAGAGAGAACAUCAAUUUGUUGCAUAUGGCUUAUAUAGACACUAUGGAGACCUGGCUGAGCUUACCAGAGAGAUAAAUUGAGUUUAUUGCCGCAUACGGCCU